CCUGAACCCCACAUCCCCACGAACUGAAGCUUUGGAACGCUUCUGCUGGGUUGAUGAGGUGCUGGCCUUGUGCGCCGUAGCACUGCUAGACCCCGGGAUCCAGUUCGGUUUUCACGGUUCCAGACCUUCCCUUUUCGUAUCCACCAUGCUAACCUACCGAAGUUGAAUAUUCUAUUUCUUUUUUUUUUUCUGUGAAGUUUGGAACCCCGCGAGUAAGAGACUGCCCUUCGGCCUCUGCCCCUCUUCCUAGCACGAUAGCGUAUAUACUGCUCAACGUGGUUUCAUUACUACCUAUCUCCGAUCACACAACCUGGUGAUCUUUGCUUCUUCGUCCUCGCAGCUGGUCACCACAAUGUCUUCAAGCGGGACACUCAACCCGGAGUCAGAGAGCUUCGAAAGCCGACCAAGGUUCUAUAUCGGGCAGCAUGACUCCAGCCGAUUUGAGGCGCUACCUGACGAGCAGUACACUCAAGUCCUCAGCAGUGGAUUCAGUUUUGUCACAGCGCCCAUCACAAACCAGCAUUUUUUCAAGCGUGUGGUUUCGUUGCAUACGGAGUAUCUCGAGGAGCGAGAGCAAUGGAGCCAAGCGCGGGGGCUUACAGCCAGCCAGCAGGCGAACGUGUCCCUGCCAGGUCCCAUUGUGCCGACCCUGACAGACGAAGACACAUCACUGUUCCCGAGCAACCACAUCGGUUCUCUUGCUCCUUAUUCUAGUCCCUGGAUUGACCUCUGCUCUCUCGAUCCUCACAUCUCGAACAUCUCGCGACAGGUGCUAAAUCUCGAGGCCGCAUAUGCCAACUUCUGCGGUGCCAGAACCAUCAUUGUCCCCGGGCCCCGGCGGGACGACAGCAGUCGUGGUAUUGCCCAGUAUGCCCGCGCGGUGCGAGAAGCAUUGCACGUGGCGAACCGGCUCAACAUCAUUAUUCACAUACCCAUGUAUCGAGAACCCGGCCUGGAGGAAAAAGCCGAAACGCUCACCUCCAUCUUUCAUCCUGAAAGUACGCCAGAAGCAGAGGCUGUGAAAGAGAUCGACCUCUUCAGUGCCUGGGAUUCUUGGAACACCAUCAGAUCCGUGUGCAGUUACUCGGCGAGGCUGUUUGUUGCCCUUCGGAUUCCGCGCCGGGUGCCUGAAAAGGCUCUACAGGAGCGGUGGUUUGCGGAACCCCUGCACUACUUGACGAUUGACCGAGAGACUUUCACGCCAAACCGUGCCGGGCAUCCCUCGCUCACCAGACAUCAACAGGACCUGAUCAACCGCUACAUGCGCCUGAGAAGCCGGCCGUGGCUGAUUCUUUCCGAUGUGGGGCCCAGUCCGGAGGAACUAGCAGCGCACCGUGACUCGAUGGCUGCCGACUUCCCAUCCCUGGCUGAGGCGAGCCAGAUUGUCAUGGCAGGCGGGUCGCGGCAGGCGCUACCCCUGAACGCGCAUGUUGGAUACAUGGAGCACCUUGAGCGCCAGCAACCGCCGUACUCAGCGAUGGAGACACCAGCCCUUACAAGCUUCCAAGACUGGCUGCAACCGCCUCUGCAGCCGUUAGCCGACAACCUUGAGUCUGCGACAUACGAGGUGUUUGAGGGCGAUCCGGUGAAAUAUGACCAGUACGAAAAGGCCAUCACUGAGGCCAUGAUUGAGUGGAAGGAGCUCAAGAAACCGACGUCAACGGCCACUCCUGAGAACCCGUCCAGCCGUGAGCUGGUUGUCACAGUCGCCGGGGCCGGCCGCGGCCCCCUGGUCACCCGUGUGCUGCGUGCUGCCGAGAACACAUACACGCCCAUUCAGAUAUGGGCACUCGAGAAGAACCAGGAUGCCUACGUUUACCUGCUCCGGAAGAACAAGCUGGAGUGGGAAAACCGGGUGACUCUGGUGAAGACAGACAUGCGUGGCUGGGAAGGCCCCCGGCUCAAGGGAAGAGAGGACGUCAUCGGUAAGGUGGACAUCCUAGUGACGGAGCUUCUGGGCUCAUUCGGCGACAAUGAACUGUCGCCCGAAUGUCUCGACGGCAUCCAACAGCACAUCGCCCGGCCCCACGGCAUCUCCAUCCCCCAGUCCUACACCGCCCACCUAAGCCCCAUCUCGACGCCCCGCCUGUUCGCCGACAUCAGCUCCAGAGUCACCGGCGAUCCGAAUGCCUUCGAAACCCCCUGGGUAGUCCGCCUCUUCGCCAUAGACUACGUCGCGCAGAAGGUCCCGGGCCAUCCUCGCUUCCAGCAGGCCUGGGAAUUCGUCCACCCGGUCGAGAUAUCGCGCUGUGACGACUUUGCCACGCAGCACGGCAAGGCGGCCAAGUACGUCACGGGCGGCGUGGGCAGCAUGGCCGGAUCGAGCGGCACCAACGACCACAACGCACGGCACUGCCACCUGACAUUUGUGUGUCCCAUCCGCGGCGUGAUUCACGGGCUGGCGGGCUUUUUCGAGUCGGUCCUGUAUGCGUCGCAGACUGGGUCCGGGAAAGAACCGGUUGAGAUCAGUAUCCUGCCGGACCAGAUCGACCGGAAGAGCAAGGAUAUGAUCUCGUGGUUCCCUAUAUUCUUUCCGCUCAAGAAACCGCUUUACUUCCCCCAGGACACGGAGCUCGAGGUCAGCAUGUGGCGGCAGACAGAUGACAGCAAGGUGUGGUACGAGUGGUUGGUGGAAGUGUAUGCCUGGGCUGGGCCGAAGACACGGAUCAAGGUGGGCACGUCAGAUUUGCACAGCAGCCGCAAGGUUGCAUGUUUGAUGUAGCAUCUUAUUGUCGCGACCCUACCGCGGAGUCUUAGUGCUCCUGCCUGCUGACCGACUGCUCGAGGGGGACAAGCCCCUCGUCGACUUGGCCGCGGGAGUGUAGCAUGCUGCGGGCAAAGGCAGGAACCCAUGGCGCAAGGCGACUGUUCCGCCGAGCUAUCCUGCGCUCUUCCAGAGCUGUUCCAUCCAGUUUUGCUGUUGCCAUGCCCGUUCGGGUACCUCGUAACUUCCCUUCAUCUUCCCACAUGAAAAGGCCGACGAGGAACUUUCUUCCUUCAUCUUGGCUUUGCGUGAUGAACAAUCUUCCAACCGCCUUCCCCCUACUUCCCAUUCCCGGUCUAACCCUCCAUCUUCGU